CAAGUACUUGAGUACCGAUACCCCGAUGGAGUCACUGGGAUGCUCGAUGCUCAGACGUAUAAAUAUCAUCAUAGACGUCGCCUUGCGGAAUAUUUAUUGACAACCGUAUCUAUUAUAGUAUUUUUUUGUGAGGCAAAAGGUAUCACAGUAGAGUUUGCUGCUAUCUGACCUUUAUAGCAAUGGCGGAAGAAGACACAAGGCCAGUUUUCUUUUUUGAUAUUGACAACUGUCUUUAUUCAAAGAACAAGAAUGUUCAUGAUCACAUGUCUGAAUUGAUAGACGACUAUUUCAUGAAACACCUUUCACUGGACCGCGCCGAAGCAUACAGGCUUCACCAAGAGUAUUACACGACGUACGGUCUAGCCAUUGAAGGGUUGGUGCGCAACCACGAGAUUGAUCCUCUGGAGUACAACGAGAAGGUGGACGAUGCCCUGCCACUUGAAAAGAUCCUGUCUCCAGACCCGCAGCUACGGAAGCUCCUCCAAAGCAUCGACACGACCAAGGUGAAGCUUUGGCUAUUUACUAAUGCCUAUGUCAACCAUGGCAAAAGGGUUGUGAAAAUCCUUGGGGUUGACGAUCUCUUUGAGGGGCUGACGUAUUGUGACUAUGCUGGACGACCGUUGAUUUGCAAACCCGCAGAAGAAAUGUUCCGAAAGGCAAUGAGAGAAGCGGGCAUCAGUGACGUGAAUAAGUGUUACUUUGUUGACGACUCCGCGUUAAAUUGUCGAGAAUCACAGCGGUUAGGCUGGACUACUGUCCAUCUUGUUGAACCGAGCGUCACUUCCCCGCCGCAGCAGGUGUGCAAGUAUCAGGUUGCGAAUUUAGAAGAGCUUCGGAGAAUAUUCCCACAAUUUUUCAAGGAGGAUAAUUAGAAGAGGGACAGAUGGGUCCGAGCAAUCUGGUGAUGGCUUUAGAUGCAUUCAUAGACAUAAUCGCUGUUGCAAUGCCUGAUAGAAAUAUCUAUAGCCAAUAUUUAGUGCCAUGGAUGAACCUUUUGAGUUACUAUAAUUGUCGAAGACCGUUGAAUUAUAGCUAUGAUGCAAACCGGGGUAUCCCAAACGCCAUUGAUAGAGCCUGUCCCUAAUAUGCCAUGUAUUUCCGUAUUUCAGGGUCGUCUCACGCUCCGUAUGACCUCGUCCAG